AUGUCGGCCGUGCCGUCAGAUUUACAUUUUUACAGGAUUCAGAUGGAAAAUGUGACUCAAGUCACCACAUUUAUUUUGAUGGGCUUCACAGAUGAUUUUAAGCUGCAAGUUUUCCUAUUUUUACUAUUUCUAGCAAUCUAUCUUUUCACUCUGGUAGGAAAUUUGGGAAUGGUUAUACUAGUCAUUGGGGAUUCGCGGCUCCACAACCCCAUGUACUAUUUUCUGAGUGUGUUAUCAUUUCUGGAUGCCUGCUAUUCCUCAGCUGUUACCCCCAAAAUGUUAGUCAAUUUCUUAUCAGAGGAUAAAACCAUUUCAUUUCUUGGAUGUGCAGCAGAGAUGUUUCUCUUUAUUACUUUCGGGACCACGGAAUGCUUUAUUUUAGCUGCAAUGGCAUAUGAUCGCUACGAGGCAAUCUACAACCCUCUCCUGUAUUCUGUUAGAAUGUCCCCCAGAGUCUACGUGCCCCUCAUAAUUUCCUGCUAUGUUGCUGGUAUCCUGCAUGGUACUUUACACACUGUGGCUACUUUUACUCUAUCCUUCUGUGCAUCCAAUGAAAUUAAGCAUGUCUUUUGUGACAUCCCUCCUCUCCUGGCCAUUUCUUGUUCUGACACCCACAUAAACCAGCUUCUGGUCUUCUACUUUGCCGGAUCUAUUGAGAUAUCCACAAUCGUGAUAGUCCUGGUCUCUUAUGGUUUCAUUCUGUUGGCCAUUCUGAGGAUGCAUUCUGCUGAAGGGAGGCGGAAAGUCUUCUCUACAUGUGGCUCUCACCUAACUGGGGUGUCAAUUUUUCAUGGUACAGUUCUCUUCAUGUACGUGAGACCUAAUUCCAGCUACGCCUUGGAUCAUGAUAUGAUAGUAUCAGUAUUUUACACAAUUGUGAUUCCCAUGCUGAAUCCCAUCAUCUAUAGUUUGAGGAACAAAGAUGUGAAAGACGCAAUGAAAAGAGUAUUUGGUAAAAACUGGUUUGCCCAUAAAGUAUGCUUUUCACGGUAA